AUGGAAUUGAAGCCACCAGGGAAUUUGAAAACGGAGGGAUCCCCGAGUACAGAUCCGGAAGGUUUAUUUUUCAUUUUUUUUUUAGGAUUUUGAAUAUUUUAAUACAAAUUUUGUAUUGGAAAAAGGUCAUUUUCUCGAGGAUUUCUUAUAAAACUUUUGAAAUUUUGAAAAAAAGAACAAUUUUCCCGUGUUCAUUUCCACGAAAUUCAAAAAUUAUCUCUGACUCUCCAAAAAUUCAGUUAUCUUUUUUUCUUUCUCUGACGGAUAUUUUGAAUUUCGCGGGUUCACUUUGAACGCGGCAUUGAGGAAAAAAGCUUGUGCGAAAAAUUUUAAAACCAUUUUUUUAAGUAAAAAAAUAGAAAAAUUUUCACCAUUUUUUUUCUCCUUUUUUUCAGAUUUUUUUGCUACAAAAUUUGAAAAAAAUGUAUUGUAUACGGCUUCACAAAAAAGGUCAUUAUCAAACUUUGCGGUUGGAAAUUUUUCGAAAAAUUUUUUACGAAAAAGAAGAAAAUGUCCUGAAAAGCCUCAACUUGCUUAAAUUUCUUGUUUCAAAGAGACACUUGAAAGUCGAAAAAAAAAUCUCAAAACCCGGAAAAUCAGGGCCAUUUUGAGAGAAAGUUCUCUGGAAAUUGGGUAGUUGGGCAGGUUGGGACUUUUAAAAUCUAACUCGGGGAAAGUAGGAAUGGUGGAUAAUGGCCGCUUAAAGGGAGAGGCUCAAAAAAGGCUGCAGAAAGGCAGCAAAAAGGCCACAAAAAGGCAGCAAAAAAAGUCCCUUUAUUGAGCUUUCCACUUUUUUCUGGGAUUUAAAGGUUCAAGAAAUGGUCGAAAAGGGAAAGGCUGCAAAAAUGGUGUAUGAUAGCUGAAUAAAUGGCCCAAAAAGGCAGCAAAAACGGAACAUUUCUAUAGAGCCUUUUCGACCCUUUCCGACUUUGCCUAUGUGAGGAAAGAUUCAGGUGGCGAUGCUCCGAUGCCGCCGGCGUCACAAGGGACCCCUUCAGGGACGGAAGAUCAGCCGCCGUCCGGCUCUUCUGGACAGUCGAAGCUCAUUUACGAAGACACGACGCCUCUCGAGAGGACGCCCCUCGGAAAUGCUGUCGACAACUUGAUGAUCGCUUGGUUUGUGUGGAUGUGUUCAAAGAGAUUCGAAAUUACCUCUGACUCUUCAGAAUCCAGUUGUCUUUCCCACUCUCUGACGGAUAUUUCGAAAUUCGCGAAGUUUCUUAGAACAUAUUUUAUGAACUGCAGAGUGGUCAUUAUAGGGUCCACUAAAGCUUGCAAAAGUGGUCCCUAUAGGGAUAUGCUAGUCGAUAAUUGUUAUGAACUCUAGGCGAAGAAGCAUUUUCAUGCGAAAAACCAAAAAAUAUACCUUUUUUGAAUAAAAUUCAACGACCCCCAUAGAAAUCACUUAAGCUUUACGGACCAUCUUGAUUUUAACCACAGGGACCAUUUUUUCGGUCCGAAAGGGAUGUUCUUCCUCCUAACCCCUUUAGGGACCGCUCUGAACUUCCUAAGAUGCCAUUUUAAUUUGAAGUAUAUUCGGAAAAUAAUGUAUUUAGAAGAACUAAAACUAGUAAUAAAUGUUUUGCAAAAUUUAAAAAAAAAACUUUUUCGUUGAGAAAGAGGUAAAAUUGUCUGUUUUUUAUGCCGUAUCUCUUAUUUUUCAUACGAAAAUUCAGUAAAAGUUCAUUUUUUUAAAAAUAAUUUGGAUGAUUUUUGGUCUUUUUUAAUGGUCUUUUUGCAUAAUUCCUACCUUUUUUUAGUUCCACUAGAAGAUUUUCCUGUUUUUUUCUUGAAUCGAAAAAAAUUUGAUUUUUUUAACCAAGACAAACAGAUUGAAUGAACAAAGUUACAUUGAGAAUAUAUUCAGGGAAGUCCUUCAUUUUUUUAAAUUCCAACUAAAAUUGAUUUUAAAUUAAUCGAAAUUUAAUAAAUGAGCUAAACGAAACUAAUUACAUGAAAAAGAAAUGUGAAAAAUCAAGACCGUAAAAUAAAGGCGAAGAAAGUUCACUUCCAGGUUGCAAAUCUUGAAAAAUGUGGCCACGAAAUCGCCGGUGCAACCUCCGUCGACCCUGGACCAUGUCAAGGAAGUCGCCGAAGUGUGCAGUAAACAUGUAAAAAAUAUUCCCAUUGAAAUCCUUCCAAAAAAUGAACACUUUAGUGGAGAGACGCCUGCGUGGACCUCUGUGACGAAUUCGCGAGAAUAAUGGCCACAUUUGAGAUGGACAGCUCGGAAGAAAGCUUACAAUCGGUAAGAAAAGAAAAACGAGAAAAGUUUGUAAAAACACUUCAAGAGCCGUUUUUGUGCGAUGGAGCGCGCUUGCCUUGGGGCAUGUUUUUUACGGGGGAAAAAUUUUUUUUUCAGUUUGAAACGUUUUUAAUGGUUAUUAUCAAAAUCUUGUUCUCUUUUUCUUAUCAAUCAACAUUUUUUCAAGGAAUCGAAACACCUGGAUCUGGCGAUCGAACGACAGGAAGCGCAUAUCAAACGCGUCAAGGAGACGUUGGAAAAACAAAGCGAAGAAUAUUUCAAAACGUUCCCCGAAGCUGGCAAAUAUUACUUCACUUGA